AUGGCCGGGAAGGUGGCGCUGCUCCUGUGGGCCCAGACCCUUGGCCUUGCUGGUGCCCAGACCACCCAGCUCCUGGUGGAGCCCCCCUGGAGGCUGGUGGUGCUGUGGGACUGGGUGACAUUGUCCUGCCAGGGCUUGGGGACUGCCAGUGCCACCACCUGGUACAAGGACAGCCAGCACUGGUGGCGGCAGGGACGCCACCACCUCAGUGUCACCGAGAGAGGCGACUACACAAGUGACAGACCCAGCACCGGGCGCAGCCCUCCCGUGACAGUCUUCGAUGACCAGCUGGUGCUGCAGGUGCCAGCGCAGGCACUGCUGGACAGGGACACGGUGACACUGCGCUGCCGCUGCCGGCAGGACAACCAUCUCACCAGGGUGCGAUUUUACUGGGAGGACAAGGAUCUCGGGAUGUUCCUUAAGGGGACCAAGCUGUCCCUUUCACCUUUGCAGCUGCCCCACAGUGGCGGCUACCAAUGUGAGGGCUUGGUACACUCUGAGGAGGGGACCGUGCAGAAGAGCAGUGCCCAGCUCCACAUCACAGUGCACCGGGUCCCGCCCUCGGGGGUGGCCCUGUUGGUGCAGACCCCCGGGGGACAGGUGGCACUCGGGGACCACCUGGUGCUGAGCUGUGUGGUCGCCACAGGAACAGGUCCCCUGUCCUUCUCCUGGCACCGGGAGGGCUCAGCGGCACUGCUUGGCACGGGCCCUUGCCUGGAGCUGCGCUACGCUGGGGACAAUGACAGCAGCCAGUACCGGUGCCGCGUCAGUGACGGGGACAGCGAGGUCGAGAUUGACCCCUUGAAUGCCACCGUCCUGGUGCCUGUGGCCAAUGCCACCAUCAUCCCCGGUCCCCUGUCACAUCAGGUGCGUGCAGGUGACAAUGUGACUCUGAGCUGCUCGGUGCGGGUGGGCCCAGCCCCUGUCACCUUCACCUGGCUGCACACUGGGCAGGAGGUGGCCCAGGGUCCCCUCCUGGAGCUCAGGGCCGUCAAUGUGGGACAUUCGGGCAUCUACCAGUGCGUGGCCACCAACCAGCUGGGACAGGACGGGCACCGCUUGUUCCGGGCACUCAGCCCUGAGCUGGCCCUGGAGGUGACACCUGGCUCACCCUGGGUCACAGUGGCCACAGUGGUUGGUGGGGCCCUUCUGUUCCUGCUCCUGCUCCUGGGUGUCAUUGUGACCUGGCACUGGUGGCACUGUGUGGAUGCCAGGAAGAACCAGGAAAGGGCCCCCCCGGAUCCCCCGGCCCCCCCAGAGGAGGGGGAGGUGCUGUACACCUACAUCGCGGUCACCAAGAGGGCAGGGACCCCAUUGGUGCUGCAGGUGCCGGCGUGGGCGCUGCUGGAGAGGGAUACGGUGACACUGUGCUGCCGGCGCUCGCAGGACAACCCGGUCAACUCAGUGUCCUUCUACUGCACCUCCUCUCUGCCCGUGGCAAAUGCCACCAUCAGCCUCAGUCCCCUGUCAUAUCAAGUGCAUGCUGGUGACCCUGUGACCCUGCACUGCUCGGUGCAGGUGGGCUCAGCCCCUGUCACCUUCACCUGGCUGCACAAUGGGCAGGAGGUGGCCCAGGGUCCCCUUCCGGAGCUCAGGGCUGUCGAUGUGGGAGAUUCGGGCCCCUACCAGUGCAUGGUCACCAAUCAGCUGGAUGGACAGCUGUUCAGGCACUCAGCGUGUUCCAGGCACUCAGCCGAGAGCUGGCCCUGGAGGUGA